CCCAAACCAUCAAAUUGAAGAUUCUAAAUGGUGUUUUAUUCAUCAGUGUUUUGAAUCCAAAGCGACAAGACUUAAUUUUCCGUCCAACGGGUCACUGGUUUACAAACUCAAACACACACACAGGCUUACAAAGCGUCACCUUAUGCUGCGCUCUGAUUGGUGGAGCUAGAUCGAUGAUCUUAUCCCAUCCUUCGCCUCAUCUGGUCGAGUUUGUCGGGAAAUCCAACAUGGCGUAAAAAGAAGAAGACUUACGCAACAAAAAACAAUUCAAAAAGGGGACUUAUUUUUCGUAUAAAGGGAGUUCUUGAGGAUUGUGGAAGCUGGUUUUAUAAUGGGAAUUUUUUAAGCUCGCAGCUAACAAGAAAUACAAAUGACUUCGUCAGUAGCUUUUAAAGCACUAUGUUUAUGUGUGGUGUUAGCUCUUAUCCAAGGGUCCUAUCARCAAGAACUCUUUGAAGAUGCCAUAGAACUUGAAAAUGCUGAUCCMAUGCUUGGAGACAAUUUCUACUCCACWGCUGAGGAGAGAGACAUCCCGGGUGAUGAGACAUCGGAAACAGCAGAAACAACUCCACARCAAUCGAACGAUGACCAAGAGAGAUCACCARACAAAAUGCAGCCAGAGUUUUAUGACUCGCCAGGUAAAAGACCCUAUUCGUAUCCCUCGUGKCAUUCCUAUGUSAAUUCKGAUGGUUUUUAUGUUGGCUUGAACGGCAUUGAUGGAGAUAGCAAAUCUAAUAUGGAUAGAGAAGAACAGAAUAGCGCACCAUAUSCUGAAUCGAUGGAAGACACAGAYACUCCAGAAGAAGAAACAACAGAUUCUGAUCAUGUGCCAGAACGACAAAAUAAUUAUGACAACGAGUAUGUUGAGAACGAUAGCAUGCAAAAAGAAAAKAAAAAGGAGAAAAACGAGUUAUUAGACCAACAUGCUGAUCUGGAAGCAAAGGAUAKGUCGAUGGCAGAACAUGAAGAGGGGUCUAGUAAAUCGAGUAAAGAUGUAAAUGGUGGYGKCUCKGAUCGCGCGCAUGAUAUGAARGCUAAAGAAGAUAAUAUGUCUACGGAGGGUGUAAAUGUUGAGCAGAAGCMACAAARCAAAAGCUCAAAUAAACAUGGCGCGUUAGGUAGUAAUCAAGAAAGGAACAAAAWGAACAAAUAUGAUUCACAWGYGCAAASGMUAAAAACAAAACAYAAAGAACAGUUAGAGAAGGAAAAAAGUACUGAUGAACAAUUGRAGUCGAAUGAYAGUGAYAGUGAAAUGAAACACAAAWCAARCUCUAAAGGUAAAAUGGAAAAUGCGUUUGUUUACAUAGAUAACGCAAACAUCGAGAAAAAACCGGACAGCAGAAARAACAAUCAUGGUAUUUCAAGCAGKRAUAUGGAUAAAACAGGGAAGGAGUUUGAAAAUCAMAUUAAAGAAUCUAAAGGACAAUAUGAGGAGUCGGAAUCUKCYGAUAAAGAUAAAARGAAAGUAAGGAAGAUCAAUGAAGMAAARGACAACAAUGGUGGUCUUUCGCACAAAGGYAARCGAGAGAAGGARUUUGAGAAUAAGGAUCGCCAAAAAGAAGAUAUAAAUCAAUAUGAGAACUCGGAAUCUGUCAACCAAAGAACUGAAAUGGAUAAACACAAAGAAGAUAAGGCUACGGAUGUAAAGCAAAUGGAAAAUCCUUUAGAUGAUGAACAAACCAAUAAAAGCAAGAAUGAGCARRACRUUGAAMUGCCUGAGCAGAAAUCUGAGAAAGAAAACACGGAACAUGAAAAUAAAAAUGAAGACAGUUUAAAAGCAAAGACAAAUAAACAUCAUCGUAUUCAAUCUGGGAAAGAUUCCAAAGAUAGCGAGUGGCUUAACUAUGAUUCAGAGCCAAAGGACACUAGUGAAGAUGAGAAAAAUCAUAUGGAAAAAUCAAAUGAAGGAUACAAGCAGGCACCAUUAACGCCUAAUAUGCCUUCAGCCAAUAAACCUGAAGCAUCCUAUGAUAGACAACAUCRGAAUGAAGAUGCUAAAUUAAYAGYUAAACCGAAUGAGGCCCUACUCAAAGAUUCUGCUGAAAAUGAAAACAUGAAAAAACUUGACAGUAAUGAAGAUUUAGAAACUAUUCCAGAAUCAAAAGAUUCACAAGAAAACGUGAGCGAUGACAAAGAUGAGCAAGGUAGUGAAAAAUCUGCAAAGGAUUCUCCAAGGAAAGAUACAAAGAAAGAAGAGUCAACAAAUGUGCAAGAUGUAGUUCCUUUGGACUAUGCUUUAAUAUCAUCAGAACAAAAUAAUGACAAAGAGUCGAUUAGUGAACCAUCAAAGAAAAAUCACGAMAAGAAAAUCAUGRACRAUAGUUYGAAAGAGAAAUYUAAAUCUUUCCAAAAGGUUGAUAAAGAGGACAGAGAAAUCGACUUCAAUCACCAAUCAGACAAAAACGACAAAAUUCAAUCAACUGCUGAGGAUAUUAGAGCACACGAAAAAGACCUUGAAGAAAUGCUAGCUGAGGAAGAAAAACCCGAAGAAAAGMAAAAGCAAAGACACUCGUUAGAAAAUGCAUUGAAAGAACUUCCAAAUCACGGCGAAAAUCACAAGGAGGAGAARCCAAAAAACGUUUUAAUGACACUGCCUGAUGCGACRCCAUCAAACCAACWCAAAAAUGACGAGGAAUUUGAAAACAAAGACAGAAAGCAUGAGUAUUCAAAUUCAUACGAGCAUCCUCUAUCCGCAYUACCAGAUGCUCAUCCGACACUAAAAAAGCCCAAGAAAAAGGAUGACCACAUUGAUGAGAUUUUUGAGCAAAACCAAAAUCUGGAAAAUAUAGAUCUYGAAGGAACAAAUGACACAAUACACCAUGAUGAAAACAUGGCYACAAAGAGCAACAAUGGAGGUCUUACUCGUGGUAACUCUCUGMCAACCGAUCUCGAGGCAGAUGCCGCAAGUGGCAAUGAUGGUAGCUUAAAGGAAACUACACAAAAACAAGAUGGGUCACUCACCGAAGAGGUGRAGAAAGAAAAUUCCACGCCUGAAGAUUCUGGGAGUGCAGAUUUUUCAACUAAACAAAAAGAAAAUUCUAGAGGUGAAACAGAUGAAGGGGAAAUUGUUACUAAAAAUAGUGAUGCAACUAUAGAUGAUCCUGUUGUAAUUAUUGGAAGCAAAAAUGACCAGACUGAGUCCGGAACCUCAGAAGACGCAAACCAGUCCGGGAGUGGAGAAACCCCUUCCUUGCAAGAAGACAGUGAAAYYGAAARCAAAGYCRCAGAAAAUGGCAGYGGUAACCGCCAAGAAGAGGAAGACGAGUUCUCUGGWUCCGAUGACAACGACGAUGACUCAAGUGGUGCUGAAAGAGAGCGCCGUCAAGCCUUCACUACAGAGGAGCAAAUCAACGAAGCAAAGGCAAAACUAAAGAACGCCGAAGGAGCUUCAGACGCGCUUACUAGCAUAGAAAAAGAGAUGGGAUUAGAUCCAUCCAUAGCUCCAGAGAAAACAAAGCACCUCACAUCAGAGCUUCACAACGAGAUUGGUAAAUUCAAAGAUAUUAUUACCCAUCAGAAUGACGCGGUCAAAAAGUCCAAAUUUCAAAAACUUGAAAAACUUGCAGAGGAAGACGUUAAGGGAGCUAAUGACGUCAUGAAAAUGAUUGUCGAGCUUGAAGUCGCCAAAUACUUUGCUAAAAACCGUGCAAGAAAGAAGCUUGAGUUGGCCAUGAGAAAUAGAAUUUCAAAACCUCCAACUCAAAAUCAAUCUCCUCCAGAAUGGAAUCCGUAUCAAGGGAUGAUGCCAAAUUAUAUGCCACAAWUUCCGGAUCAGUCGUAUGCCGCUCCUUAUGCACCCUACCCUCCACCAGCACCGAUAGCYCCCAUUCCUCCCAUGGCUCAGGAACCUUCACAACCGCCUUCUCCGCCACAAAAUCCUCUUGAUGGGCGAUUCAUGGAUAGCAGCUUUCCUCAGAGCUGGAAUCCGCCAGUGUCAGCAUUCAUAGCUCCUCAGAGACAGCCUCAAGAUUUUAGCCCUUAUAUUGGAACUCCCAUGAAUUCAGCGCCACCAAGCWUGUUCCCAAAUAUGGCUCCUGUAGCUUUUGCCCCCAAAGCGCCCGUGAAUCGUCCUAUYCAAAGUAAUAUCGCAAAGGCGUCCUCAAACGAUGUGGAUAUAAAUGCACCGGAGCAAAAGCCUGAGCUUAACGAUGAACCACCUAAGACAAAAGUGGAAMAGUUCUUGCCAAAAUCGUCUCCAUUUGCAGGAUUGAAGCCGUUAUCUCUUUCAUCCUUCAAACCAAUUCAUGCUUUGCAUCCAGCUCCCAGCUUUAGUAGYGAGAUGAAGGGCCAGGCUGCACCAUUCGCAUCGCUGAAACAAAACUCCUUAWCUGCGUCAUCUUUACAUGCGUUUUCUGAUGAUGUACGACAACCAGAAAACAACCAUGUAAAGCAAUUCUUUCCGAAAUCRGCAUGGAUUCCACCGGCUCGAGUAAAUACCUUUUCAGAUGGUCUCUCUCACCUUAAUGUAAAUUACCAAAAGCCUUCGCCAAGUUUUAAGCCCAAGGCUCCAAAACCGGCUCCUCCAGCUCCUCCUCCCAAAGCACCAAAAAUGGGUAUAUCAAACUUAUUUCGUUCACCUGCUAAGCCAUUGGCUAURCAUCAGUUCCAGCCUGCAACACCUUUCCAACCACCAAUGCAACAACAGAACUACGACACAGCUCCAAGAUUCCAAGACGCGCCUCCUAUGUACCMUCAAUUCCAAAUACCCUCCCCAAUGGAGCCUGCAGUACCUGUACAACAGUUCAACCCACAAGCUCCUUACUACCCUCCACCUCCUAUUCAGCAAUCCACUUACAUACCAGGACCUCUACCACAGCCCCCACAGYUCCCCAAACAAGCUGAUGAUCAGGARCAGAGCCCUAUUGGCAUGAAUUUCAAUGAUCAACAGCCACCGCAACCUCAGCAGCCCCUGGCCUUCCAAGGUCCUCAAGUGUAUCCGCAACAAUCUGUAAGUGGCUUUAAUGCAUAUGCAAAUCCUGGAAUGCCUGUGGAGGACUACUCUUGGCCACAAGCACCUUUUGCGCAGGCUUACGGAUAUCAGCCAGCUCCGUCAUACGAACAACAGUUAGUCAAUCCCCUAUUGAACGAGGCAAUAACAAARAUACACGACACGAAAAAAGCUGCUCAAGUGGUCCAGAAGAUCGAGAAUAGGAUUGGACURUCUCCACCAGCAGUCAAUCACAUCAUUAAUGACGUAGAGAGUGAAACAAAAAAUGAGAAAACAGAAUUUGAUGAUGAGCUCAAACAAGAAAAAGAAAAGAUACAAAAUGACAAGAAAAUGAUGGAUGACGUCCCAGACAACAAUAAUCUUAAAAAGAAGAUAGAGGAAGAAGAAAAGAAACUCGAAGAUGUGCGAAAGAGGGACGAAAUUGCAAAGGUCAAACUUGCUACCAUUAGAAAGAUUGAGAAGAUCUURACUGUCAUUGAAACUGCCAAAUAUUCAGCACUGAAGAGGGCGAGGGAGCACCUCUUGAGGCUAAAAUCAGAAAAAGAUCCGCAGAUACGAAAACGCAGUUUGGAAGCAUUGGAGAGAGAUUUGCACAAUUCUGAGCAGAGGCAUCUACACAGAAGAAAUGAAAUCAACAUAUGGCUGAAAGGAUCGAAAAACAACAUAAACACAAGUCAUUUUCUAGAGGGAGAUAAGAAGGAGAAAAAAGAGGAGAGAAAUCAUAGAUUCAAGGAUUUCGGAUCACCUUCCAUACCCAAACUGGCUAUCGCUAAUUUCGCUACAAAGUAUGCCAAGAAGGCUAACAUAACCUUAMCAAAGUCGAUUUCCAAGAAACAUAAAAUUGAGAAACCAAAAAAGGAAAAAAUUGGCGUGGUUUUGAUGAAGAAGCUUCUUCAGAGAAUGGACGACUUGUACGAUAUGCAGUCGAAAAUCCUUACACAACUGAUCAAGGAGCAUCAGCGAGCUAAAGAUGAAAGAGAGCACAUGCGCAAUAGACGAAGCCCAAAGAAACAUCGUCAUUAUAUCCAUAAACGUCAUCAUGGACGUCAUAGUCGUCAUUCCAAACGAUUAAAGAAAGACUGACAAGGUCGGCCAUUUCAUUAACGACCGCUUAUAUUUUUAUAUUUUGUGGUCGGAUUCUGACAAAGAAACCCAUGAAAUCUAGACAUUUUCUAAACUAGCUUGUGACAUCGGUUAAAGACAAAGAGGUCCAAUAUAAUAAUMAUAUUUGUUAUUGAAACUGGGGCAUAAAAACGGGUUUACGAAUGAAGGUGAUACCUGAUAGACCGGUUUACCGAAUACGACCGUCGUACCCCAUAUAAACGAAAAGUGUACAAUAUGCUCACCAAGCAUUCCUUAAAGAAAAAAAUGGAAUGGGGCAUCUUCAUACAUGGCCAACGUUCACCCUUUUUAAUCAACGUUGGAGUAAAAUUGUUAUUUUUUUUCUGCCAUCAAUAUCAAUGGGGUUUCAAACUGGACAAUUAAUAUGUGUACCCAAACCGAGUAUGUCUACUCAAGAUGACUCUCGCUAUCUGCAAAAAGAUCCAUUGGACGAAAUAAUAAAUACAGACACCAAAGCUUACAAAAAAUAUAUAUUUGGGACAUAGGUUAAGGGAUUGGACAUAAAUAUCUGUAAACUUUUGAUAUCAACGAGGAUAUCUAAAAUAAGCUUAAAUAAUACAAGGUAUCUAAUAAUAUUAGUGUAUAAAAUUGAUUUAUAUCUAUUAAGGUAUCUAAUAAAGUACUUAUUUAAUUUGUACAUAGGAUGGUAUGUGUAAAUACAAUGUAUUAAAAUUGCCGUACAAAAUACAG